GGGGUGGGGACAGAGUCUCAAUUUCAGUCUCAUAGGCUAGACCUCAUUUUUCUCUCCAAUGUGAGAAGAGGAAUGUUUGAUUUCAAAUACUUGGCAUUUUUAAAAGCACAUUUGAGUCAAAAAAAGCCCGAUGUGAAUUGAUGGUGCUUAAUGUUUUCUAGGCUUUCUUUUCAAAAGUUUCUUUUAUUCUGCUCAACAAAAUCACUAUCAAAACUUGAAUGUUAGCUGAUGAAAGAGACUGCUCCACAGGAAGGCAGCCAAACAUCUAAUCCAUUGCCUUUGUUUGGAAACUAGAUCUAAUCUUCAUGAGGAUCUCGAUGCUAAGUUUCGAUGGACAGAUUUUACUCCUGAGGAUUCCAAAUUAACCCCUCCAAGUGCACCAUCGUGGUGAGGAGACAGGGCACUCCGAGGUGUUCUGGGAGUGGGACACAGAGGGCAGGACAGACUGCACUGAGCCUGCCAUGCUCUUGCCUUGGCUACAGAGUGGUUCAGAUCUCACCACAGCUGGUAGAAGUGCAAUUAUGUUCACCUGCCUGUCCUAAUCCCUUCAAAAUGUGCAGGUGGUUAAGAAAUUUAAAAUGCAAAAAGCAAACAAAAGCAGAAAAACACCAAACCCAACCCAGUGCGUUACUGUUGGUACAUUUUUCUGAUAGUCAGGCGUAGGGCUGCAAGGUGCUGAGGCCAUUAGAGUAGUGAAUUUUUUGUUGUUGCAUCUAUGCCUGAGGUUUGUAGUGAAAGUUUCUGACGUUGCUUGGAGGGAAAUAAAGCUCUGAGCCAUUUCUCACCUGGUCUGUGUUGCUUUUAGGAACACAUUUGCAUCAAUUUCUGUUUUGUUGGUAAUAAAUAUCCUUUGGGUAGCUGAAGAGUAGUCAGAGGCCUCCAUGGAGGUUAGAAGGUGCAGCUGCUUCAGAGAUCCAGGAAUCUAGCUGAGGCUUUUCUGAUGGGUAUUUUGAGAUGAUCAGAGCAAACAGUUGUUCUUUUGGAGUGAAUCUGAAUGAUAUCAAGUAAAGUACUGCUCUAUGGUAUCCUUGUUACUGGGGCCAUGUAAACUUUUGCCCUCCAUUUCCUUUAUUAUAAGAAGGCUUUUGAAGCGUAGCUGACGUGGUAAAUGUACUUCCCAUUCAGCAGCCUCUGCCGGUAUGCCAAAGCAGUGCUUUUUUUUCCUCCUUUGGAAUAUUUGUUUGGUUUUGGAUCUUGAAAAUGUAGCUCUGAAAUUCCUUUGACAGAUUUGAUUGUACUCUUGAAUCCAGCCCCACUAACCACAGACAGCCUGCCCAAAUAAGAUAAUUCUUCCCAGAGCUGGGCUUUCUCCCCUCACAGUGCACAGCUGUUUCCCUUGAGAGCAAUGAGGUGCUGGGCUUGGGGGUGGGUCCUCAUCAGAACCAAAUGGGCAGAUAUUGAUUUAUUUUUCAGGUGGGUUGCAUGCACCAUUUAGAAUCCAGUCUGAGUGCAGUGAGUCCAUGCCAGAACAAAAGUGCUUAUUUUCACAACUGCCACAGCCCUUUUGGAUUUACUUGCCUGUGUUUGGUUCGUAAAGUUUUCAGUUGGUAAUAGUCUGUCCACUGGGCAUUUUUCCACUCUGAGGGAUGGUUAGAAAUGAGUCUCUUGCAUAGUAUGGUGGAAUUAGGAAUUAAAUGCAAGCGCUACAGAUGAGUGCAUUCAUAACUGGAUUGGCUAAGUGUGCCGGUCAAAUAAAAGCCCAUGGGUCUGUCUGACGUGCUCAAGUGUCCAUUGUGGAAGAUACGUGAAUGGCCAUGCGAAAAAGCAUUAUGAAGAUGCACAGAUUCCUAUGACCAAUCAUAAGAAGACAGAAAAACAAGAAAAAGUUCAGCAUACUGUGUGUAUGGAUUGCAGUAGUUACAGUACAUACUGUUAUCGCUGUGAUGACUUUGUAGUGAAUGACACCAAGCUGGGACUGGUGCAGAAGGUCAGAGAGCACCUACAGAACUUGGAAAAUUCAGCCUUUACAUCAGACAGACACAGGAAAAGAAAGCUAUUGGAAAACUCAUCUCUGAACAGCAAGUUACUAAAAGUAAAUGGAAGCACCACUGCCCUGUGUGCCACAGGCCUUCGGAACCUGGGGAACACGUGUUUCAUGAAUGCAAUCCUUCAGUCGCUCAGUAACAUUCAGCAGUUUUGCUGUUACUUCAAAGAGUUGCCUGCUGUGGAGCUGAGGAAUGGGAAGACGGCAGGCAGAAGAACUUACCAUACCAGAAGCCAGGGAGAUAACAAUGUUUCACUGGUGGAAGAAUUCAGAAAGACACUUUGUGCUCUAUGGCAAGGAAGCCAAACUGCAUUUAGUCCAGAGUCCUUAUUUUAUGUUGUUUGGAAAAUUAUGCCAAAUUUUAGGGGAUACCAACAACAGGAUGCCCACGAGUUCAUGCGUUACCUUUUGGACCAUCUACACCUGGAACUCCAGGGUGGCUUUAAUGGCGUUUCACGUUCAGUAAUUUUGCAAGAAAAUUCCAGCCUGACAGCGAGCAGCAAAUGUUGCAUAAAUGGAGCCUCUACUGUUGUCACAGCCAUUUUUGGAGGCAUUCUUCAGAACGAAGUCAACUGCUUAAUAUGUGGAACAGAAUCUAGAAAGUUCGACCCAUUCCUAGACCUUUCGCUAGAUAUUCCAAGUCAGUUCAGAAAUAAACGUAGUAAAAAUCAAGAAAAUGGACCAAUGUGCACACUACGAGAUUGUCUUCGCAGUUUUACAGACCUGGAAGAACUUGAUGAGACGGAGCUCUAUAUGUGUCAUAAAUGCAAAAAGAAACAGAAGUCCACCAAAAAAUUCUGGAUUCAGAAACUACCAAAGGUGCUAUGCUUACACUUGAAACGAUUUCACUGGACAGCAUAUCUAAGAAACAAAGUCGAUACAUACGUUGAGUUUCCCUUACGAGGCCUAGACAUGAAAUGUUACCUGUUGGAGCCUGAAAACAGCGGCCCAGAAAGCUGUCUCUAUGACCUUGCAGCUGUUGUUGUGCAUCAUGGUUCAGGCGUUGGAUCUGGACAUUACACGGCGUAUGCAGCUCACGAAGGUCGUUGGUUCCAUUUCAACGACAGUACUGUAACUCUGACCGACGAGGAGACUGUGGUAAAGGCAAAGGCCUACAUCCUCUUCUACGUGGAACGGCAAGCCAAAUCUGGAUCAGAUAAACUUUAAUACCUCCUUCUAAUUCUCACUUAUCGAGUCCACGGGACAAAACAUUUCCAUUUUUCCAUAAAUACUUGAUCCAAGACUAUUAAUUUCAUUGUGCACUUUUCAAUUUCCUCUUGUGGGUUUUAGUUUCGUCAUGUCAGUGGUAGCAUUUGACUUACUGAUCUUGGACACAAACUAACUUUUUUUUUUUUUUAGUUAUACCAGAAAACCUCAGCAGAUUUUGAUUUGCUGCUUUAGUUGUGAUAACUCAAUUUUUAUAUAUAUAUAGUUUCAUGAAAUACCUAGUUAUUUGACUUUUUUUUUAUAUUAAUGUUUCCAGUUCUCACUUUCUAAAGGCACAUUUACAUCAGAGAAGCUUUCUGUUCUCCUUACAAGCAAGACAAAUGUGCUCAUCACAAAGGGCAGUUAUAACUGUGUUGCUCUCACAGCUGUUAUGUAGAUCCAGGAAUUGCUUGCACCUCGUGCAAGAAAGUAAGCCGUGACCUCUGACCAAUCAUUCUUUGUCUGCAGAAGAGAUGAGAUGCGGCAUCAUUAAGUAGACCAGGUAAUUGCUCUAUAGCUGCUAUAUUGGUGUGUAUUCAGGCUGCUGAAUUUCAUGAAUUGUUGUAAAUAAAAACAGUUGGUUAAAUUGUAUCCAUACUGCAGAUUAAUUCAAGUAUUCUUCACAUACGCUUUUCCCUCCCCUAAAACUUUUCUAAAAAUUACCUUAAAACAGAAACAUCUAAAUUGUCUUGAUGUAUUUUAUUAUUUUUUUUUUUCAAAUCUGACUUGAAUUGCUCAAAGUUGCCUCUUUGUUAGACCAUAAUCCUGAAGGCUGUUCACAAACACUUCUUCCUUGCUUUAAAGCUCAGAGACCUCCUGGCAGUGGGACUUCAGCUCUUUCCAGCUGGGAACUGGGAGCUCAGCCCCUAAGUGUGGGGUUCUGAGAACAGCCUUAGGUCUGAGUAUCUUCUGUCUGCUUCAGUGCCUGUAGUUCACUUGAAAUGGAAAGGAAGCGGAUGGAAUUUGAGAUGCUUGGUAUGAAUUUUUAUCAGUUCAGUUAUAAACUAAAGGGAAAACAGCCUGGUGGGUAACCCAGAACUAUUUGUUCUGGAGCACAUUCUGGUAAGCUGUAGUAGUUACUCUGUAGUCCAGUGUGGGAUCUUCAUUUCCAGUCUGAAGAUUGACACAGAAUGGCAUAAUGCAAUUUGUUAGACCCGACUGUGCAAUGGAGGAAGACAGCUGUUGAAAGCUUUCAGCUCUGCUCUUCCGCUGCAUAGUGGCAGUCAGAUAAUCUCUGCUAGUGAGAUUUAGAAAAGCUGGUCAGAAAAAGCCAGGUUGUAAAAUCCAGGAGUUCAGAAAACAAAUGCUACAUUUCAGUGCUUUCCUUGCUCCCCACCCUUCGUAGCCCCCAGCCAGUAACUGGAUGCUCCUGCAAUGUGAAAAGCCUGGUGGUAAGAAUAGUGUUGUCCUUCACAUGCAGCAUGGUAGCAGUAGAAUAUACUAGCCUGGAAACACCUGAGAACUGAAGUUGAACACAUGAGUGCUCUUUUCAUUUAAUCCUUCUAGAAAGACAUAGAAUGUAGCACAAAUUUCCCUAUGAAUUGUACUGUAUGGCUCAACCUCAGUGCAGGCGGGUAAGCUCCUGUUUCCUUGCUGUGUGCUACCUAGCAGUUGUACACUGACAGAACACAAAGUGAAAUCACAGUCAGGUGAGUUCCAUUCAAAUGGCAGCCUUGUGUUUUUUCAGAUCUUCAACCAGGAGAGACUGACUGACUUCACAUAAAAGCUGCAGAAAAUGAUAUUUUGCUGAUUGUGUAUGAAUAUGUGAGCUGAACAUUAGUAAAAAGCUAUCGUGAUGAUCUGAUACAUUAAUGGGAGUCAUAUCUAUAGAUAUAUUGUCUCCUGGAGAUGAACAGUAAAUAGAACUCUUAACUGUUUAAAUUGCAGAUAGUUUACCUCCCAUUUCUCAGUUCCACACAGGCAGAAUUUGCUCUAAUUGGAAUAGAUGGUGGCAUUUGUCAGCCUUCACUGCUGUGUGGGAUGUGAAAUAUUUUUUACAGCAUUUAAAGCCCACAGGGCAGCCCUGCUGCUCCCAGCUGGGGCAUCAAGUCAAUUCCAUCUGUGUCUGCAUGCUGCUCGGCUUGCAUUGCAUUUUAGCAUCUUAGUCUGGAGAAUACAAACCUUAAACUGCCCAACCAGCUGUGGGCCAGAAGCAGCUCAGCUGGCAGGAGUCAGGUGUACACAGCAUUAUUGCAAACUAUCGUGAUGUAAAUGUGCCUUUCUGUAACUGUAAGAGCUUCAUCUGUAAUCUUCAGCGCCAUUCACUUACUUGUUUUAAGCAGCUUCUAUUUCUCUUCAUGUUGGGGGUCAGACCAAUUUCUCACUGAAGCAUUUACUUUCAGUAAUGUUUUCUUUGUAACGUUAAUUAAGGUCUUGGGCAAGGGUAUCAAGCAUGGUCUCCAUGCCAGAGGCAGCCAUGGGAACACAGUGCGAGCUCAUCAGCCUUGUUCUUGCAGCACCUGGUGCACGGACUUAGCCAUAUGCUUUCCUGGAGCAAAUACAUUGUAAACCCUUUCCUAAUUUAACUUUCUCCCACUGCAAAACCAGAUGGACAGCACGAACAGUUUGUUGUGGCAACACAAGUAUUUCUCUUCCUGGUGGAGAACUUUGCUUAUCCACUGUAUUCUAUUCAGUGUGGUGUCAGAAGAAAAAAAAAAAAGUAAGCACUGAACCAGUAACCUUUACUGCACCUGGCCUAGUAUUACGUUUUUAACCUUACUUGUAUAUCCUAUAUUUAUCUACUGGCUUGUGGGAGGGGAGGGAUAUCUCAUUUCGUUUAAGCCAAAUGUUUCUACUUUACUGCUGAUCAUAGUACAUACUAACAGGCGAGAGUUUGUCUUGCUUGUGACUGCUCUGCCAGCAGCUGCUCUCUGCAGUUCAGAGACUGCCAUGUUUUUCACCCUAAUUUGUCUGAUGGAGAGUUAUCCUUUUUUGUCAGUCACUGUUUAGCCAUGUACGUGUACAACUGGAGACCUGACCAGUCAAACGGAAAUGCAGAAUGCCCAGCUCUCAGAUCACUCCUGCUCUGCUGUGUUGAGCAUUUAAGUUAGUGUGGCAUGAUGCAGACUGUGACAGCGCUGACAGAGCUCCUUCUCGUGGCGCAGGCAGAAGGGAUUUAUCCAGGUGUUAACAGCUGUGUGAGCCGUGUUUAAAACGUGGGGAGGGGGGCAAUAAAUGUGCUUCAGAAGCAGAGGCCAUUUAUGUGGAUUUUGCUAAAGCAGUGGAAAGCGUGAUGCCUGGUGUUCAGCAGCCUCCCCCUGUUUCAUUGCUGGUGUGUCUGUGUCUUACUGAUGAGGUAAUCAGCACCUUGAAAACUGAUUCCAAUGUGCUUUAGGAUAUCCUCAAGUACUGUAGUGCCAUAGUUGUAAUUGUUUACCAUUAAAAUUGUGUGUAAUUUUUA